GCGAAAGUCAGUUCCUGUUUUCAGCCGCUUCCGGGAACUGCGGCCUUAGCUUGGACUGGGGGCGCCGCCGAGGGUGGGGGCUGCGAGCCGGGCCAGUGCCCGACCCCAGCCGCCGUCCUGCGGUCCGUGCGCCCUCCCGACUUGGUGCUCGGGAGUCCUCCGGCUCCAGUGAGUUCAAAAAUGUCCAGAAAUGACCAAGAACCGUUUUUUGUGAAGUUUUUAAAGUCUUCAGAUAAUUCUGAGUGCUUUUUGAAAGCUCUUGAGUCAAUAAAGGAAUUUCAAUCGGAAGAAUAUCUUCAGAUUAUUACAGAAGAAGAAGCAUUGACGAUAAAGGAGAAUGAUAGAUCACUUUAUAUCUGUGACUCUUUUAGUGGUGCUGUUUUUGAUCACCUUAAUCAGCUUGGCUGCAGAAUUGUUGGUCCUCAAGUCGUCACAUUUUGUAUACACCACCAGCAAUGUGUCCCAAGAGCUGAACAUCCAGUUUACAAUAUGAUUAUGUCUGACGUAACUGUCUCCUGUACAAACCUGGAUAAAGAAGAAAGGGAAGAAGUUCAUAAAUAUGUACAAAUGAUGGGUGGACGUGUGUACAGAGACCUUAAUUUAUCAGUAACUCACCUUAUUGCAGGAGAAGUUGGUAGCAAAAAAUACUUAGUUGCUGCUAAUCUGAAGAAACCUAUUUUGCUUCCUUCUUGGAUAAAAACACUUUGGGAGAAGUCACAAGAGAACAAAAUAACUAAAUAUACAGACGUGAACAUAGAAGACUUCAAGUGUCCUGUAUUUCUUGGCUGCAUUAUUUGUGUGACUGGCUUAAAUAGCAUAAACAGAAAGACAGUUCAGCAACUCACAACUAAGCAUGGAGGUCAAUACAUGGGACAGCUGAAAAUGAAUGAAUGCACACACCUCAUUGUGCAAGAAACAAAGGGACAGAAAUAUGAAUGUGCCAAGAGAUGGAAUGUACAUUGUGUGACCCUGCAGUGGUUUCAUGACAGUGUUAAGAAAGGUUUUUGUCAGGAUGAGGCUAUAUACAAGGCACAACCAAGAACAGAAAAGAAGACUGCGCCUGAUACUUCAACACCUACUGGUCAGAACAUAGCUGGAAGUCGUAGUCUUUCAGAUGUCAGCCAUAUAUCCAACAUAAAUGGAAGCUGUGUAAAUGAAACGAUGUUCAGUUCAGCUAAUAGCAAACUUGAGUGUACACUUGAAAACCUAGAAAACCUGGAUGUCAGUGCUUUUCAGGCACCUGAAGAUCUACUAGAUGGUUGUCGGAUAUAUCUUUGUGGUUUUAGUGGCAGAAAGCUAGAUAAGCUAAGAAGGCUUAUUAACAGUGGAGGUGGAGUUCGUUUUAAUCAACUUAAUGAAGAUGUAACUCACGUUAUUGUGGGAGAUUAUGAGGACGACGUGAAACAGUUUUGGAGUAAAUCAUCCUACAGGCCUCAUGUAGUGGGAGCAAAAUGGUUACUAGAGUGUUUUAGUAAAGGGUAUAUGCUUCCUGAAGAACCAUAUACACAUGCCAACUACCAGCCAGUCGAAAUUCCAGUUUCAAAUCGGCCUGAAAACCAAACAGCCCUCUCAGAAAAGAACAGCAGUUUCUGUAUGAAAGAUUUUGCUCCUGAUAAAAAGCUAGAGCAAACUGAUGAAGAUCUGCUCUCUCAAUAUGUAAAUAAUGAUUCUGCAAUAGUUGGAGCUGAGACGUCUGAAGCUGCAGAGCCUCAUGCUGGGCCUUGCAAUGGUUCUACUCCUGUUGAGCCCUGUAAUGAUACUACUUAUAUUUCUCUGCAAGGGGAAAACCAGUCUUCUGUCAGUCAUUACCUCCUUGAUUCUGCAGCUACUGAACAAGGCUUAUUUGGCCAAAAGAGUUUCCUUGUUUUGGGUUUUAGUGUUGAAAAUGAAUGUAAUAUUGUAGACAUCAUAAGAGAACAUGCUGGAAAGAUUGUAUCCCUUCCCAGCAGAAUUGUUGCUGAUUAUGCUGUGGUUCCAUUGUUGGGAUGUGAAGUAGAAGCCACCGUGGGAGAAGUUGUUACAAAUACAUGGCUGGUUACAUGUCUAGACUAUCAGACAUUAGUUGAUCCAAAGUCAAAUCCUCUCUUCACACCAGUCCCGGUAGUGGCAAGAAUGACUCCUCUAGAGGAUUGUGUGAUUUCACUCAGCCAAUAUGUUGGAGCGGAAAAAGAGUCCUUGGUAUUCUUAGCAAAUCACCUUGGAGCAAGUGUUCAAGAAUUCUUUGUUCGCAAAUCCAAUGCAAAGAAAGGCAUGCUUGCCAGUACACAUCUUAUAGUGAAAGAACCACUUGGUUCUAAAUAUGAAGCUGCAAAGAAGUGGAAUUUACCAGCAGUCACUAUUGCAUGGCUGUUAGAAAGUGCUAGAACGGGAAAGAGAGCAGAUGAGAGCCACUUUCUGAUCGACAGUGCACCUAAACAAGAACAAAGAUUGGAAACUAAGAUACCAAAUGGAGUAAAUCUAAAUUCAGAUUCUCUAGCAUAUCCUGUCUCACACGUGGGAAAUCUCAGGAAAAGAGCUGUUACACCUUUGGACAUGAACCGUUUUCAGAGUAAAGCUUUCCAUGCUGUGAUCUCACAGCACACCCAGAAGGCUUCAGACUCUCUAACAGGACAGCCACUUGAGAAGGAGCCCUCUUUACACCUGGACACACCAUCGAAGUUUCUGUCUAAGGACAAACUUUUCAAGCCUUCCUUUGAUGUGACGGAUGCCCUUGCAGCCUUAGAAACUCCAAAAGCUGCCAGCCAGAAGGAAAGAAAACUGAGUUCACCACUCUCAGAAGUUAUCGUCAAAAACUUGAAACUUGCUUUGGCAAAUAGCUCUCGAAGUCUUGCCAGCCCCCAACUGAAGGGUUCCCAAUCAGAAAAGGAGGAGGAUCCAAAGCCACUUCACAAAGUUGUGGUAUAUGUGAGUAAAAAGCUCAGUAAGAAGCAGAAUGAGCUAAAUGGGAUCGCAGCCUCGCUAGGAGCAGAUUACAGGUGGAGUUUUGAUGAGACAGUGACUCAUUUUAUCUAUCAAGGUAGGCCAAAUGAUAGCAAUCGAGAGUAUAAGUCUGUGAAAGAAAAAGGAGUUCACAUAGUUUCAGAGUAUUGGCUUCUAGAGUGUGCCCAGGAAUAUAAGCAUCUUCCUGAAUCUCUUUAUCCACACACUUACAAUCCCAAAAUGAGCCUGGACAUCAGUGCUGUGCAAGAUUGCCAACUCUGUAACACCUGGGCACCCUCAGCUGUUUCUGCGUCUAAGGACAGUGAGCCAAAUCAUUUGCCUGUAGAAGAAAAUGAAGUAGAUAAUAUGACCACAGAUAAUCAAGAAUCAGCACUAUCCAUUGAAAAUGGAAGGAAUGAUUGUAAUGGAGCUCUAACACAGACCUUGGCGAUAAGAAAAAACUUCCAGAAGCAGCUGCAGGAGAUAAUGUCAGCUACCUGCAUCGUGAAGCCACAGGUGCAGAGGACUUGCCUGUCAAGAAGCAAUUGUAACAGCUCUUCUUCAACCCCUGACAGUGCUCGCUCUGCUCGGAGUGGAAGAAGUCGAGUCCUGGAGGCGCUCAGGCAGUCUCGACAAAAAGUGCCUGACAUCAACACAGAACUCUCCCAGAGUGAGCAAAUCAUUUGGGAUGACCCAACAGCGAGGGAGGAGAGAGCGAGGCUCGCCAGCAACUUGCAGUGGCCUAGCUGUCCCACACAGUAUUCUGAGCUUCAGGUUGACAUUGAAAAACCGGAAGAUUCUCCUUUUCAAGAGCCUUCAUAUGAUUCAGAAAUGGCCAAACAGGCUGUUUGUGAUCCUGGAAGUGUGUGUGUGACUGAAGCCUCUGAACACUCAAUCUCUGAAGAACCAGAAACUUCAACAGAAGACAGUCAGCUAAUCCCCACACCACAAGCCCCCAGCAUUGCUUUCCCCCUGGCCAACCCACCUGUGGCCAACCCACAUGUGACUCCACAACCUAUGGAGGAGAUUGAAACACUGGAGGAGGCUCAUGAAAAACUGAAAAAACGGUAUAUAUUCCAGAUGUCCUCGCUGAAUCCUCAAGAACGGAUUGAUUAUUGUCACCUGAUUGAAAAACUAGGUGGGUCUGUGUUAGAGAAGCAGUGCUCUGACCCCAGCUGUACACACAUGGUUGUGGGACACCCACUUCGCAACGAGAAGUACUUAGCCUCCAUGGCCGCUGGGAAGUGGGUGCUUCAUCGCUCCUACCUGGAAGCAUGCAGAGCUGCUGGGCGCUUCGUGCAGGAAGAAGACUAUGAAUGGGGAAGCAGUUCCAUACUUGAUGCUCUGACUGGCGUCACUGAGUACCAGCAAAAACUAGCAGUUGCGGCAAUGAGGUGGAGAAGAAAAAUUCAGCAAAGACAAGAAUUAGGCAUUGUUGAGGGAGCAUUUAGCGGGUGGAAGGUUAUUUUACAUGUUGAUCGACCCCGAGAAGCAGGGUUCAAGCGCCUUCUUCAGGCAGGAGGAGCAAAGGUGUUACCUGGCCAUCCUGUACCUUUAUUUAAAGAAGCCACACAUCUCUUUUGUGAUUUUAAUAAACUGAAACCACAUGACUCCAGAGCCUUCAUAGCAGAGGCUGCUGCCCAGAACAUGGCCUGCUUGAGAACAGAGUACAUUGCUGAUUAUCUCAUGCUGGAAUUCCCUCCUUGUGUAGAGAAUUACCGUCUACCAGAGGCUACUUCACUUCUUCAAAAUAAGGAGCCUGGGCCUGGGAUACCCCAAAAGAGAAAAGUUCCCCCAGAGAAGAAGAACCUCAAACAGCCUCGGGUACACUAAUGCUGCCUGCUCUCUGGUUGCCGGGCAGUAGACACCUUCUUGUUAGGGCUGGAGCAGUAGGUCAAUGGUAAUGAGCUUGCCUAGAGUGUACCAGGCCCUGGUUUCCAUUCCCAACACCAAAAAAAUUAACAAAAAAAGAGCGAGAAUCCUGUCUGUUCCUUGAUGGGUCUGUGUAGUGAUUAAAGACAAAUAUCUGAAGAACUUUGCUGCAGAAUGUAGUGAUAAUCCGAGGUUUUUAAUACCUGAAAUUUUAAUCACUGAAAUAUGAACUGAUCCAUAAUAAAAAGUUUCCUUAAACAACAGUAAAAACGACACCUAAGCUAGCUUGUUGUUAAACCACACUGAGAACCUAAGGGGCUUCUCUUUGCUUUUCUUAAAAGUACCUGAGGCUAUAGCUUAUUAGUUUUAACAAGGAGAUGGAUUUUGUUUCAAAAUGUCAUAGUUCAGAAGACAAAAGUUGCCAAUGGGGUUAUUUCAUGUUCUCCCUGAUUUUAUCUUCUUGCCAUUUUACAACAACCUGAGGGCAAGGUUUAAUAUGGAAGCUAGGGCUUUAAAUUUAAAUAUGUGUGUAUAUGUAUGUUUGUACAAACCUAUGAUGUUUGCCAAAUGUGGGCACCAAAACUUAGGAAAUGUGAUUUAAAGAAUAAAAAUAGUGACUCAGACUGGUA